UUGGACUCUGUGUGGCUGCACCGCUGCAUUUAACAUGCGGAUUGCACACUCUCACUCCCCGCUUCUCAGAAUAUCGAUUUCUUCUAUCUGGUCAGCAACUCCGAUCACCAGACCCAAUACUCUCUCUCAAAUUCAGUGUUUUUGCCAUUCGAAUCUCUUGAAAAAAGUUAAAUCCACCGAUUCUCGACGAUCCUUCGCGAUCAUGGCUGGUAGCGAAGAAUUCGUGAAGGGAAACGUCUUUCCUAAUGGCGUCGCAGUCAUCACCCUCGACCGUCCCAAAGCUCUUAAUGCCAUGAAUUUAGAUAUGGAUGUGAAAUACAAAAAUUACCUGGAAGAAUGGGAAGCAGAUCCUAAGGUCAAAUGUGUUCUGGUGGAGGGCAGUUCAUCGCGUGCAUUCUCUGCAGGAAUGGACAUAAAGGGGGUUGCUUCUGAAAUUCAAAAGGAUAAAAGCACUCCUCUUGUGCAUAAGGUAUUUACUGCAGAAUAUUCUCUCAUAUGCAAAAUUGCUGAGUACAAGAAGCCAUAUAUUUCCUUCAUGGAUGGCGUAACCAUGGGUUUUGGAAUUGGUCUAUCUGGUCAUGGUCGCUACCGUAUUGUUACUGAGAGGACACUGCUUGCCAUGCCAGAAAAUGGAAUUGGUUUGUUCCCAGAUGUUGGAUUUGCUUACAUAGCUGCACAAAGUCCAGGAGGAGGAUCAGUUGGUGCUUAUCUUGGGUUGACUGGAAAAAGGAUUUCUUCUCCUGCUGAUGCAGUAUACAUAGGUCUUGGUACUCAUUAUGUGCCAUCUGGAAGUUUAGGUUCACUGAAAGAGGAUCUUCUUGCAUUAACCUUCUCUGAUGAUCCCCACAAAGAUGUCAAGGCACUUUUGCCCAAAUACAGCAAGGAGCCCGAUUCGGAGGCUCAACUGAAGUUGCUUUUACCUCAGCUAGUUUCAACCUUUGCUGCAGAUAAGUCGGUAAUUGAGAUAAUUGAGGAGCUUGAGAAACAUCGGCUGAGUACAGAACCUACGGUGGCAGAAUGGGCUAAUGAAGCACUUUUAGGGCUUCGAAAAGGGGCUCCUUUUUCUCUAUGUUUAACGCAAAAGCAUUUCUCUAGAGUUGCAUCUGCACAUGGGAGAAAUGACAAUGAAUUGUGCAAUUUAAGUGGGGUGAUGAAAGCUGAAUAUCGCAUUGCUUUAAGGUCCUCACUUCGAAAUGAUUUUGCUGAAGGUGUUCGAGCAGUUUUGGUUGACAAGGACCAGAAUCCAAAGUGGAACCCAUCAAGUUUGGAGGAAGUGAAUCUAAAGGAAGUAGAUGCUAUAUUUGAUGCGUUGAGCCCGCAAGUCGAGGAACUAAAAGUGUGAUUUCAUACUGGACCAAGUUGUCACUGAAUUUUGUUCUAUUCCUGUGGCUUGUUGAUAACAAUAAUACAUUCUGAACAGAUUUCUAUCAAGAGAAAACUAAAUAAAAUUAGUGUUUGGU